GUGCGGUGUAGUGAACACGCUUUAACAUUGCCACUUUCGGAAUUCUUCUUUAUUUUACUUUUUUUUAUAAAGUACAUCGUGGAAAGUCAUAAAAAAUAUUUAUUUUAUAAAGUUUGUGGAUGGCAAGCAAGAGAGAAAGUGAGACUUAAGGAAAUAUUAUCAUUACGGACGGUUCAACAGUUAGUGAACAUAAACUCUGUUAAAUGACAUAAUAAAUGUGAUAUAGUGAGACUCUCGUAUUCUAUAGAGACAGAUAAAUACAAAUUUUACAAAAAAUAUAAAAUGGAGCCAUUCUCAAGUGAAAUUCUUUGGAUAGUGAUAUUUGGAUUUAUCAUUGCCUUCAUAUUAGCAUUUGCUGUUGGAGCAAAUGAUGUUGCAAAUUCUUACGGAACGAGUGUUGGCUCUGGUGUUUUAACAUUCAAGCAAGCAUGCAUUCUAGCUACAAUAUUUGAAAUAUCCGGUUCCGUACUGCUUGGAUAUAAAGUUGCUGAUACGAUAAGAAAGGGAAUCCUUGAUAUCUCAAUUUAUCAGAAUUCCGAGAAGAUGCUUAUGUUUGGAAUGCUAUCGGCAUUGAUCGGAAGUGCUAUUUGGCUUCUUGUUGCUACAUAUUUUCGAUUACCAGUGUCAACAACACAUAGCAUUGUUGGAUCAACUGUUGGAUUCAGUUUAGUAGCCCACGGCACACAAGGAUUACAUUUAACGACAUUGGGUUCCAUUGUGCUUUCGUGGUUUGUGUCGCCACUUUUCAGCGGUCUCGUGAGCAUCAUGAUAUAUUCACUGAUUCAAAAAUUAAUAAUCAAAUCAGAGAAUCCAGUCAACUCGGGACUUAUCGCAUUGCCUAUCAUCUACGGUUUGACAAUUUUCGUCAACGUGCUGAGCGUCACAUUGGAUGGAUCGAAAUUACUUGGAAUGGAAAAUAUUCCAAUUUGGUUGUCAUUUACCAUCAGCAUCACAGCAAUGAUUUUAGUUGCAAUAGUCGUACAAUUGCUUGUUGUGCCAUGGCAAAGACGGAAGAUUCAACCAUUAGAUGGAAAUGACAAUAUAUCAUCAAAGCAAACAAGAGACUUGGAGAGUAAGUUUAAUGGUAGUGUAAGCACAAUUGCGACAAUGAAUGUCUCAACAAUAUCACUGAGUGCACCGGUCAUAAAACAGCAGGAUGACUCGGAAGAGAAUGUCAAAAGAUUAUUUCAUUUCUUACAAACACUGACGGCUGUAUUCACAUCUUUUGCACAUGGCGGCAAUGACGUAAGCAAUGCAAUCGGUCCUUUAAUUGCCAUCUGGAUGAUUUAUAAAGAAGGGAAUGUACUACAAAAAUCAGAAUCACCAAUUUAUCUUCUGCUCUUCGGUGGUGUUGGAAUGGUUAUUGGCUUAUGGGUACUCGGCAAACGAGUUAAUGAUACUAUUGGCAAAAAUAUUACCAAAAUAACACCAAUUAAUGGCUUUACUGUGGAGAGUUCUGCUGCAGCUACUGUGUUAUUGGCCAGUAAACUUGGGAUCCCAAUUUCCAGCACACACUGCAUUGUGGGAUCUGUUGUGUUUGUUGGAGCUGUUUUUGGUGAAAAAGGUCAAGAAAAGAAGACAGUUGACUGGUCACUAUUUCGAUCAAUAAUCUUUGCUUGGCUUGUUACGCUCCCCGUUGCGGGUGCAAUCAGUGCCUUCACAAUGUGGCUGUUUCUAUUCAUAACUUAAUAAAGCUCUUUUCUAGGAUUAAUUUUUAAUUAGAAUUUAAUACUAAUUGUUAAUAAGUUACAGUACUUGAUGUUUCUCUAUCGUGAUAAGAAGAAGCAGAAGCAAAAAAUCAUUAAGAAUUCUAAGAUUAAGAAGAAAAAUGUUAAUUUAAAAUUAAUGAAAAUAUGCUGUUGAGAUGUCGUCAAACGACUUUUAUUAAGUA